GUCUGUGGUUUGAUCUUUGCUGAGAUUUCAUAUAAAGGUUGAAUCUUUGGGAUUUUUUUGGUGUAAAAAUCUCAUCUUUUUCCCCCAAAAUGGAACUUUUAAUUAGUAUCUAAGGAUUUGAUCUUUUUUUUUUUCCUUUCUUUUAUUAAUGAAUUGAUGGAGUUGAAAGGGGGCAUAUGUCUUCUUCUAUGGAGAAGUUAAUGGUUCGGAUUUGUAGAUGAAGAAAUGGAGGAAAAGGACGAAGUGUUGCGUCUCAGAGUGGUUGUUUUGCUCUUUCUCUUCUUCUCCUUUUUGUUGUCCUUUUAUCUCGGGCUUUUCAAGGUGUCUUUUUGAUCCUAAAUAUUUUACUGAAAUUCCUGCAAAGAGGUCUAGAGAAAGAGUCUAAUCUUGCCAUUUGAAAGAAGCUUAGCUCUCUGCCUCUCUUUUGUCCCUCCAUCUUUGUUUUUCCCAUCAAUUCUUCUUCUUUAUAGAGAUCUACAACUGGACCUUUUGAUUUCCUCAAGGAAUAGGAUCCUUUUGAGUUGAAGAACAAGGAAUUGUUGUAGAGUUCUUUCGUUCUUAGAUUCUGUCAUCAAAAUUGUUGUCUUUAGUCCUGUUUGGUGAUUAUGGGUGGAUUAAACAUAGAGCAAUUUGCAUUUUCUGGUGGCCUUGAUUUUGUUCAAUUUCUUCCGUCGAACAAUGAUAAAAGUCUCUGCUUUGGUUCGCUUGUUCCUCCGCCUGUUGGUGUUGAUAACUCACAAGGAGAGGGUGAUUUAGUCGAUCCUUCCACUGAGAACUUUCCAGGAGCCAUUGCUGAUGAUGAGAGCGAUGAAGACAUGGAUGUUGAUGAGCUUGAGCGGCGCAUGUGGAGAGAUAGAAUGCGCCUGAGACGUUUGAAAGAGCAGCAGCAAAACCAGAGCAAAGAGCAGUGCGACAUCGCGAAGCAACGGCAGUCUCAAGAACAAGCACGGCGGAAGAAGAUGUCUCGUGCUCAAGACGGUAUCCUCAAAUACAUGCUAAAAAUGAUGGAGGUAUGCAAAGCUCAGGGAUUUGUCUACGGGAUAAUACCCGAGAAAGGCAAACCGGUGAGCGGUGCCUCCGACAAUCUCCGUGGUUGGUGGAAGGAAAAAGUGCGGUUCGAUAGGAAUGGUCCUGCUGCAAUCACAAAGUAUCAAGUUGAUAACGCUGUCCCCGGUGUUAACAGUGAGAUGAAUUCUGGAACUUUGAGUCCUCAUUCAUUGCAAGAGCUUCAAGAUACGACAUUGGGCUCGCUUCUGUCGGCUUUGAUGCAACACUGUGAUCCACCGCAGCGGAGGUACCCCUUGGAGAAAGGAAUUGCGCCGCCUUGGUGGCCAACCGGGGACGAGGAAUGGUGGUCUCAGCUUGGCUUUUCUAAAGAACAAGUGGCACCCCCUUACAAGAAGCCUCAUGAUCUUAAGAAAGCUUGGAAGGUGAGCGUACUCACUGCAGUGAUCAAACAUAUGUCUCCGGAUAUUGAGAAGAUUCGUCGGCUAGUGAGACAAUCCAAGUGUCUUCAAGACAAGAUGACUGCUAAGGAAAGUGCGACGUGGUUGGCUGUUCUCAAGCAGGAAGAGAAUUUGUAUAUGAAGCUCAAUCCAGAUGCUUGCCCACCUUCAUCAAUCAGCAGCGGUGUGCAUGGUGCCAUAUCUUUCAGUGGCAGCUGCAGUGAGUAUGACGUCGAAGGUGUUGAUGAUGACAAGCCACUCGACAAUAAUUCAUUUGAUUUAGGGGUUGGUGCUUUGAAUGAAACACUUUCUGGUUCCGGAGUGAAAGAAGAGGGCAGCAUUGAAUUUAUUCAGAAAAGAAGUGCUGUUGCCGAUCCUGAUAUUGUGAUGAACAAUGCGAGUAUUUAUACCUGUGAGAAUGAACACUGCCCGCAUCAUGACUACCGUCUUGGUUUUCUUGACAGGAAUGCAAGGAAUAAUCAUCAUUAUGUUUGCAAGUAUCGUAAUAGCAUUCCAGCUGGGCUUGCGAUGAUGAAUGGUUUCCAAGGGAAUGAGAACAAACCACCUGUUUUUUCUCUGCAUGUUCCUGGCUCUAGCAUCAAUCCUAUCAACAUUGCCAAUCUGGGGAUACCAUUUGAUGCUCAGAAACCAAUCAAUGAUCUUAUGAGUUUCUACGAAACUAAUAUCAGUUCUAACCGGAACUCGAACCAGGGAACUAUUGCUGCUGUUGAACAGCCGACAACUCAAAUAAACAGGAACAUUUUCGGGAAAGUAUCUGCAAUGGGUGAAGUAAACAACUCAAUUCAGCCUAACAUGUUCGGUCACGAGAACAUUCAGUUCAGGCAGACGACGAAUCCUCCCAAUGAAGUGAAUGCUAAUUUUCGAUUCGGGUCUCCUUUCAAUAUGUCUGCCAUUGAUUUCGCCGAGGCAUAUAACCGGCAGAUUGGCGAAUCUUUGCAGAAGCAAGAUGGCUCUAGCUGGUACUUCUGAUUCUAAAUAGAAUUUGGUUUGAAUUUAAUUUAGUCGAAUGCAUCAUAUAGAUCAUCUAGUUUUGUUUACAGUUGUAAUAUUUAAUUAAAGUUUUUGCUCCAUUUUAGAACAAAACCGACGGUAGAAUGUUCGGUUGGUGAUCUUGUGAGAUUAUCCGGAAAGAAGACAUUCAGUCAGGCUUUGCUCAAAGUAUAUAUAGAUUCUAAGCUUUGGUUUCGUUGCGGGCGAUGUACCGUAAGAAAAAAAAAAUAUGAAUGUCCGUAAACCCGCAUCAAACACUGUAAACUUGAUUUGGUGUUUAAUUCAAAACUGUUAUCUUGAUUCAA